AGAAUAUAUAGAUAUAAAGAUCAAUUGUCGUUAAUGUUCUACAUGUCUUUCCGAGUAAAAAAAGUGGAAUUCGAUCAAUUAUUUUGAAAAUACCAGAAAACACGAGGACCUUUACCGUGCAUUGCCAUAUUUAGCAUGUUUAUAAGACAAGCCAUAGAGUACAUUCCUGAUACGCGGAAGAAGUGGUCCCUGCGGGCCACGCAUGCGCGUUCGCGUACGUCAGGUCUUAUUAUUCACCUUUAUUUUUGGAAGCGGCACAACAACACACGACUUGUCAUUUCUGGGGAUCGCGUUGGUGCGGUAGCAUUGUGUGUGCGUGUCCCGCACGUUCGACCGAUGUCGACGCGGACAGCAAUGAUGACGACGACGUUGCUGGAGCGGAAGAGCGACUCGAUGCUGCUGACGAACGGUAACAGUAAUCGCGUCGGAGAUGAGAUUCGAAAAGAGGAACCGGCAAGGUUCUGGACGAAGAUCCGCCUGAACGAGUGGACAUUCAGCCUGUCACUUUUAGGGCUAUCACUCUCAAUUGUUAUAGGAAAAUUGUACGCAAAUUACGGAAAGUGUUUGUCAUGGGAAAUCGACGAUCGAUACUCUCUACCGUCAAUAACAACGUUCGUUCAAAUGUACGAUACGAUACCGAAUGUAUCCGUUUUAUCGAAAUUUGACAUGAAACAAUUACCAGCGGACAGCGAAAGAUUCUUCAAUACGGGUCAUCAGUAUGCUGGAGCAGCUAUAAAUAUGCUGGUCAUAUUUUACGAAAAAUACGAUUGGCUGCUCAAAGCGGCGAUGAGUGGACUUAUGAUAACAAGUUUCUCUUGGUUCAUCCUUUAUAAAGACAGCAGUAUACCCGGUGUCGAUCCACCGUCUCCCUUCAGUCCUUCCAGGCAGAGAAUACACAAUGAUUCAAGGAUACAGAUAAACUAUUUAGUUGGUGCAUUAAAUGGAAUAUUAUUUUUCAUCUACAUGUGUCUUUAACUUGAUGAAAAGAUUUUUAACUUGAUGAAACUUUGUCUACUAAUUGUUAGUAUUAUUUUAUCUAACUUAUUUAUUAUGUCCACGUUGAUAACAAUUUAUUUAUUGAUUUAUAUUUACAAUAUGAAAAAGAUUAUGAAAGCAUCUAUGAAAGAAUAGAUGCCAAUAAUAGGGAGUCUUAAUGUUUUGUGUAAUUCUUUAUUAAUUAAUAUAUUUCAAUAUUACAUUCUAGUAACUUUCUAGAAAAUAAUUUCAUCUUUUAUUUGAAGAAUUUUGAAAGUUUUUUAUUAAGCAAUUUAUUAAUACAAAGAAUUUCUAUUACUAUAAUUUCAUAAUCACUAAUAAUCACAUUAACCACAUUAAAACUAUGUAGAAACUAUUGAAAGCUGCAAUCGCAUAAUAUGCAUACAACCAAAAAUAUUAAAGUACAAAACAGUCCAUUGUUCCAUAUUUCCAAAUUUUAAACGGUUAUUUGUUACUGGACUUUUUAAGACUGAUUGAUUAUCUGAUAAAGUAAUAAUAUUUAUUGAUAAGAUAGAAUAAAAGCGUUAUGAAAUACAUUGUAUGCAGGACAUAUAUUUUUUGCACGCUUAAAGAUAACAUAUUUUUAUAUUAUUUUGGAUAGUGAUGUAAUAUUUAAUAAAUUUAAUAUCAUUCUCUGAAUGUGAUGUUUCACAUUUAAAAAAAAAAUAGAGUUGGAAUCUCAUUAGGUAGCUACAAUAUCGAAAAAAAUGGUGCAACGAAAAAUGUAUUAUACUUAGAUUAUAUUAAUAUGUAGCAUUUAUACAUUAAAUUAUUUCGAUAUAAUUUUAAUUAAAAAUACUUAUACAUCACAACUUUAAUAUCGAAAUAUCAAGCUUGAAACUAUUAACUUUUAAUUAUUAGGAAACAAAACUUUUUAUUAUAAGUAUUACAAAUAUACACUAAAAAAAUAUACACUAAAAAAGCUUUAUUUUUUAUAAUAUAAGCUGCGCCUUAACUAUGACUGUGAAUAUUGUCAUUGUGUACACACGCACGCACAAAACAUUUUAUAAUAAUGUAUAUAAAUUCUCUGUAAAACGUGUCUGUAAAAUAAAAUUCUAUUUAAUAAAUGUCUAAGUUAUCUUA